UCAAGCGAAAGAAAGUCAAUCGAUGAAGAUCGUACAAACGAUGGCAACGCAAACACCCGCGCGGAUGCGAACAGGACACCGGACGCGUGAUAGAGGCGUUCAAAUGUCUGAGCCGAAAAUGGUUGCUCCUGUGGGUUGGAAAAUUGAGAAGUACAGACGUACCGUUCCGCAGCCGAAGGCAACCGAAGAUGAGUCGCGUGACUUAAAAGCUUCCGAAACUGACCAAAGUCAAGGUUGCAGUGAGCAUGGUUCAAGCACGUCGUCUGCCUCGCUCGACGCGUAUUCCAUUGCCUCGGAAGCGUAUACGUCUUUGUCGUACGAAGUAAACGAUCAGGUAUAGUA